GGCCCUGCGCCUGCAGCACAGGAAACCCCGUAGCGGCUUUCUGAGGGGACCCAAGAUGGCCGAAUCUUUACAGUGGGGCUAAUAAUUACUUUUCUUCAAGACGCUGCUAUUUCAUGGUGCUCGACGGUCGCGCUGACAAUUUAACGUCCCGGAAAGUAAAACGAGCGAGUCUAGUUGAAUAGUUGAGUCGGAAAAUGUUGAUCUUUGUGUGAAAAGACUGGCUGGUCCCUACGCGGCCCUUAGCCAGAAUAUGGCGGAAUACUUGGUGAAAAUAUAGCUUAGCUUAUUAUGAACGCGCCAUUUUAUACACGACUCUCCACACAUUUUCAUUGAACGCGUUCGAGUAUAAUGAUCAAAUAACGCUGUCGGUACGUCUUUGGAGUUUAUUCGCGUGCGGUUCUCUAAUUUCUGGGUUAAAAUGGCUCGCGCGAACAGAUAGCCGGCUAGCUGAGGUGCUAGCUAAGCUAACCCCGUUUGACUGAAUUAGUCGCAGCGUUAGCUUAGCAGAACUAGCUAAAGUAAGGGGACACGGUGAGAAAUAAACUGCAUUCCUGUUUCUCUUGCAUGCUUUUAAGCCAAUAUCUCACCUUUUCAUCCAUUUUAAAGGCGGAAUAAAGAUUUCAGUGGCUUGGUUUAAAUAUUUCAAAAUAUUGGGUAUGUUGUGGAGAGUUUCGGCUGCAGACAGCAGCUAGCUGCCCAUCGCUAGACUGGUAAGAAUAAUUCAAUGCAAUAACGUUAACGUUACUUGAGUUUACGGAGAUAGACACACAACAAUAUACGCAUCAGCUCCGCCACAGAUUGCAAGUAAACGCCAAAUCGUUUGCGGAUCUGUGCACAAACCGAUCUUAAGGUUAGAAGACUUUGUUGCAUUUCGUAAAGUGAGGGCUUUGAGUUUUAUUAAAUCAAGGGUCAAACCCUCGAGAGUUACUUGCAAGGAUGACUGACACUCGUAGACGAGUAAAGGUGUAUACUCUGAAUGAGGACCGCCAGUGGGAUGAUCGGGGCACGGGACAUGUGUCGUCUGCCUACGUGGAGAGGCUGAAAGGCACCUCUCUCUUGGUGCGCGCCGAAAGUGAUGGUUCAUUGCUGCUGGAGUCAAAGAUCAACCCUAAUACCGCCUAUCAAAAACAGCAGGAUACAUUAAUAGUAUGGUCUGAGGCUGAAAAUUACGACCUGGCCCUCAGCUUCCAGGAAAAGGCUGGUUGUGAUGAGAUUUGGGAGAAAAUAUGCCAGGUCCAGGGAAAGGAUCCCUCAGUAGACAUCACCCAGGAGCUCAUAGAUGAAUCUGAAGAAGAGCGCUUCGAUGAUAUGUCAUCUCCUGGUCUUGAACUCCCACCCUGUGAGCUUUCCCGGCUGGAGGAAGUGGCUGAGCUGGUGGCCUCGUCCUUACCUUCUCCAUUACGGCGGGAAAAACUCGCCCUGGCGCUGGAAAACGAGGGCUACAUCCGCAAGCUGCUAGAGCUUUUCCGUGUAUGUGAGGACCUGGAAAACAGAGAAGGCCUGCAUCACCUCUACGACAUAAUCAAGGGCAUUUUCCUCCUUAAUCGCACGGCGCUUUUCGAAGUCAUGUUCUCUGAAGAAUGCAUCAUGGAUGUGAUCGGGUGUUUGGAGUUCGACCCGUCGCUGCCCCAACCACGCAGACAUCGAGAGUUCCUGACCACAACGGCACGCUUCAAAGAGGUCAUUCCCAUUUCAGAUCCAGAGUUGCGACAGAAGAUUCACCAGACGUAUCGAGUGCAGUACAUUCAGGACAUGGUGCUACCCACCCCCUCUGUGUUUGAGGAGAACAUGCUCUCUACCCUGCACUCCUUCAUCUUCUUCAACAAAGUGGAGAUUGUCGGCAUGUUGCAGGAUGAUGAGAAAUUUUUGACUGAGCUCUUUGCGCAGUUAACCGAUGAAGCCACAGAUGACGACAAACGACACGAACUGGUAAAUUUCCUGAAGGAGUUUUGUGCAUUCUCCCAAACAUUACAACCACAGAACAGGGAUGCAUUCUUCAAAACGCUGUCCAACAUGGGAAUCCUGCCAGCGCUGGAAGUUAUUCUUGGCAUGGACGAUGUACAGGUGCGUGGAGCAGCCACUGAUAUCUUUUCUUACCUGGUGGAGUACAACCCCUCUAUGGUGCGAGAGUUUGUUAUGCAGGAGUCUCAACAGAAUGAUGAUGACAUUCUGUUGAUAAAUCUGAUCAUUGAGCAUAUGAUCUGUGACACGGACCCAGAGUUGGGUGGAGCCGUACAGCUAAUGGGGUUGCUCAGGACACUAGUGGACCCGGAAAACAUGCUUGCGACUGCUAAUAAAACCGAGAAGACCGAGUUCUUGAGUUUCUUUUACAAGCAUUGCAUGCACGUGCUUUCUGCUCCGCUUCUUGCCAACACCACAGAGGACAAACCCAGCAAAGAUGAUUUCCAGACGUGUCAGCUGCUUGCUCUGAUCGUCGAGCUCCUCACCUUCUGCGUGGAACAUCACACGUAUCACAUAAAGAACUACAUCAUUAACAAAGACAUCCUGCGCAGAGUCCUGGUGCUCACCGCAUCUCAACACGCUUUCCUAGCUUUAUGUGCUUUGCGUUUCAUGAGGAAAAUCAUUGGUCUAAAGGAUGAGUUUUAUAACAGAUACAUUAUGAGGAACUUCCUGUUUGAGCCAGUGGUCAAAGCUUUCCUAAACAAUGGAUCAAGAUACAACCUCAUCAACUCAGCCAUCAUAGAGAUGUUCGAGUAUGUCAGAGUGGAGGACGUGAAAUCUCUGACAGCUCAUAUCAUAGAGAACUACUGGAAGGCCCUGGAGGACGUAGACUAUGUUCAGACAUUUAAGGGACUAAAGCUUCGAUAUGAACAGCAGAGAGAAAGGCAGGACAACCCUAAACUUGACAGCAUGCGGUCAAUUCUGAGAAAUCACCGUUUUCGUCGGGACGCACGCACACUUGAAGAUGAGGAGGAGAUGUGGUUUAACACGGAUGAGGAGGACUUGGAGGACGGUGAAGCUGUGGUGCCACCCUCGGAUAAGAUGAAAAGCGAUGAGGACCUGAUGGAUCCCAUCAGCAAAUUCAUGGAGAGAAAGAAAUUGAAAGAGUCGGAAGAGAAGGAAGUGUUGACAGGGAAGGCAAGCCUCUCAGGACGCCAGAGCCCCAGUUUUAAACUCUCCUUCUCUAGCUCCCCUAAACCCAGUCUGUCGUCUCCCCCAACCGCAUCCCUCCACCCCGGUUCACCUGGUUCUCCAAGCUCGCCCGGGACAGGAGCCCGGAGCUCUCCCCCUACGGCAGCUGUCACCACUAAGGGAGGUCUGGUGGGUUUGGUGGAUUAUCCUGAUGAUGACGAAGAGGACGAGGAUGAGGAAGAUGCAGACAGUAAAGAAGAAAGUCCUCCUCUGUCCAAGAAAUCCAAGCUGAGCUCCUAAAGCACUCCCUCUUCAGUCAGCAAAGCAACGCUCGACGGGAGCUUUGUCCAGAGACUAUUGCAGCGCUCAGCCUAGAACUCAAAACUGAAACAAAAUGAAUGAAUACACAAACGAAUGGAUAAAUGAACGAAUGCAGCCCCCCGCAGGAGUCCAUGGGGCGCUAUGUGAGGAACAGAGGAAGGGAGAGCGAGAGAGAGAAGAUUCGGCCACAGAGCGAAAAGGUGAAUGUCUCCACGCGGAGUUUGUCCAAGUGCCAAUCUGAGAGCGAGAGAGAGAGCGAAAAAGGACUCGCGAAACGGAUGGAGAGAGCGAAGAUGAAACUGUGGUUUGGACAAAAGGAUUUAACAAAAAUGAAUUUCAACUAAGCUAAAUGAACUGGGGGGUGAAAAAGACCUCGCGCACUCAGACUCUCAAAGCUGUUGCCCCACAGAGCGUCCCAGGCUUGGACCAGGACACACUGCCCCCCUCUCAGGGAAGGACCUCACAUGACCCAAUUGGGCCAGCCAAUCCACACCCACCACUCACCUUUGCUGACUCCAUCUCCAUUUCUUUCUCUCCUUCCUCUAGCCCCUUUUCUCUUGCCUUUUUUUCUUGAUCUUUUUUCCUUUUUUGAGUUUCUAGGGCCAGGCGGGACACUAGGGAGCAAAGAGAGGUCUGUGUCGUCAUUGUUUAUGAUGUCACCGUUGUUCUUGUGGCUCAGCGGAAGUUCUUCCUCUUUCAAAGCCAGCAGUUUCCCCCUUUUCUGAUUCAGUUCUUCUCUCCUCUCAUUUUUUUAAACGACACAAGAGACCUGCCUUUAAUGUUCAGGAUGUUUUCAGCCGCACUUGAACAGGUUUUUAAAACCUCAGUGGGGAGAUAAUUUUACCCUUUUUUGCCCUUCAAAACUGCAGAUUUUUUUGGAAAAUUUGUAAGCCCGUCUUGAUUAAAGAUUGAGUGGAACUCUAGAUGUGAUCGGUUUUUGUCAUAUCUUCAUUUUUUUCUUUUACAUGAGUGUACUCUUAGUUGUUCGGUAUAUUUGGGACCAUUAAAAGAUCUUUGCUGUAGUAGAUCGCUCACGGUUGUGCUGGUUCCCUGUAUCAUGUCAACUGUGCUGAUAUUUUGUCUUUUGGGAUUUCGUCACUGAAAUAUUUUGAUCCUCCUGUCUGCUUAGUCUGAAUACAUCAGUGGAGAAUCUUGCCUCUACUUGACAGAGUCUUGCUAAACAACCUGCACACAAUUAAAGAUAAGUUUUUAUUUUCUGAA